AUGAGCAAUACUUGUUCACAAUCUUCAACCAAACAAAACCCAAUCAACAACAAGCCCUCUUUCAUGCCAGCGAAGGAUGACACCAAACCCGUGCUUCAAGACCCAAUAUUGAGGUCCGAUCCAAUUGAAACAGAGGAAGCUGUGCUGCUAUUACCUCCAUUCUCAAUCCCCAAAUCAAAUCAACUUCCUCAUCUCAAAUGA